AUGAAAAGCAAUGCAAAAUUCACGCCGUCAGACCAAUAUCUUGUUGGUCCGAAACUCUUCACUCUUCUCGGCAGCCUGACGCUCGUCACAUUCCUGGUCUGCCUAGACACAUCCAUCAUGGGCACUGCAAUACCACGUAUCACAUCUGAAUUUCAUUCACUUCCAGACGUGGGCUGGUAUAUCGGGGCAUUUACGCUUGCGUCCGCGACUCUGCAACCGCUUUCUGGAAAGCUCUACACGCACUUCAGCACCAAGGUAGGCAAUGCGUUCUCUUUAGGUAGCGUCACACCGCUGAUCGUCUGGCAGAUUGUGUUUCUCACGUUUGUGUUUUUGUUCGAGCUUGGGUCUCUACUUUGCGGUGUGGCCAGCUCUUCAGCCGCUCUCAUUGUAGGAAGAGUGGUUGCAGGUUUAGGAGCUUCUGGUAUCGUGAAUGGCGCUAUGACGAUGCUGGCGGGAGCCGUGCCGAUGGAGAAGAGUCCCGUGUACACUGGUAUAGUCCUUGGGACUGCACAAAUGGGCAUUGUCGCUGGGCCGCUCAUCGGAGGUGCUCUUACUGAGCACGCUACUUGGCGCUGGUGUACGUUGUCUUAUGUUUUGUUUACAUCUUCUGAAGCUGACGUUGGCUCGAUCGCAGGCUUUUACAUGAACCUACCCAUUGGCGGUGUGGCAGCUGCGCUCAUCGCUUUCGUUCCCGUUCCUGAGCGUAUAUCGAAAUCGCGCUUCACCAUAUCCCUUAUUCGAGAAGUCAUCCCGGAUCUCGAUUUGUUCGGCUUUACACUCUUUGUCCCUUCAUCCAUUAUGUUGCUUCUCGCUCUUCAGCUUGGCAGUGGUGGAACGUACGCUUGGAAUUCCUCUACAGUCAUUGGCCUGUGGUGUGGCGCAGGGGUAUGCGCUGUUCUCUUUAUAUUUUGGGAGAAUAGAAUGGAAGACAAAGCUAUGCUUCCCGGGAAGCUGCUUGGAAAGCGCGUUGUCUGGACAAGUUGUGUAUAUGCCAGCUGCAUCAUCACUUGUAUGAUGACAGCGAGUAUUUGGAUGCCAACAUACUUCCAGGCCGUGAGAGGCAAUGGUCCGACUGAUAGUGGGGUCCACGUAUUGCCCAGUAUCUUGAGUCAGCUUGUUGUUGUCAUCGGUACGGGUGCUGCAGUAUCGCGUAUGGGGUACUAUCUCCCUUGGGCACUCACCGGUGGUAUCAUCACCGCCGUCGGAAACGGUCUUGUGUCAACAUUCACAGCAUCUACAAGCACCGCGGUAUGGAUCGGGUAUCAGAUCGUUAUGGGCGCUGGUCGAGGAUGCGGCAUGCAGAUGGCAAUCAUCGCAGUACAAAAUGCCGUCCCGCCUGCGCAAUACCCCGUCGCUCUAGCCAGUCUCGUCUUCUUCCAGAAUCUCAGCACGUCUAUCGCUGUCGUUAUCGCGAACACCAUCUUCGCACAGACACUCACCUCCACUAUCACACGCUACGUACCCUCAAUAUCGCCUCAAGCAGUGCUUGAUGCUGGAUCUGGUGCCAGUGCUGUGCGGGCACUCGUACCGCCUGAAGAAUUGGAUGGUAUGCUAAGAGCGUAUUCGCAGAGUCUGCGUAACGUUUUCUACUUCUUGGUGGGUAUAGCAUGCCUGGCUGUCUUUGCAAGCUUGGGUAUGGGUCUAAAAGAUAUCAGGAAGAAAAGUGGCAAAUCUGAAGGGGAUGUGGUGAUGGAUGAGAUAUGUGAGGACGGCAAGAAAUCGGAAGAACCUUGA